GACAGCGUCAUUCAUAGUUUGAUGUUUGAUCUGGACUGCCAUUUUCUUGUAUUACAUUUUUGGAAACAUUUCAAUUUUUUCGAGAAACGGAAAAUGUUAAGUAAAAAGUGUAACAUUCUACAUGUUGGUUAAGCUUAAAUUAUUAUUAUACAUGAACUAGAGACUGUUCCUAUAAACAGUGCUUAUUUGUCUUCUUAGAGCUAAUUGAUGGUAAUUCCAAGGAUGAGCUUAUAUGUUAAAUGGUUUGUUGAAAGUGUGCAUUGAGUUUUAUUAAUAUGGAGAGCAUAAAAAAAACACGUGGAAGGUCCAAAUCUAGAACUUCAGAAUCUGACAAAACAGAAAUAAAUACCAAUUUAAAUGGAAAUAAUGUAAGUUUAACAAAAGCAAAAGGAGAACAAGUGGAAUCAAACGAAACGGGCACAUGUAAAAGUGUAGAGGAUCAACAAGUUAAGAAAGAAGAUGUGGAACUAGUAGUAGGAAUGGAAACAAGCCCUAUAAAUAAACAAUCUGAAUUUGUUAAAGAUGUAACAACAGAUGAAGAAGUAACAAACAGUAAGGCAAUUAUAGAUAAUCCCAAAGAAAAAGUUCCUAAAGGAAGGAAACUAAAAUCAUUCGAGGCAAUGCAAACUGAUAACGAAUCAAGUGAAAAAGAAAAAAAAAGUGUUACAACGUCACAGUUAGAUCCCUCAGUAACAAUAAAAGAAGAACUUGAACCAGAUCUUUAUCCUAUCAGUAGCUCCGAAUCUCUAGGCAAGGGGAAGAGAGCUAGAAUACCAAACAAACGGUACAGCGACAUUAUUGCAUCACCUACAUACAAUAAGAAAUCUGUUUUACAUAUACCAGAAAAUGGAAAUGAUACAGAUGUUUCGAUAAAAGAAGAAGUAGGAUUAAGUCCCUCUUAUGGUUCAUCAACUUCUAGAAACUCAAGUCCUCAAUUAAAAAGAACAAAAUUAUCCACUGAUCUAUCAGAUCCAAAAUAUUUGAAACCUUUCCAAUAUGGCUGGAGAAGGGAGUUAGUUUGGAGAGGCAUAUAUGAUGAAAGCAAAAGUAGAGUUGGUGAUAUUUACUAUUACACUCCAGAAGGAAAAAAAGUUAGGUCUAGAAGAGAGGUUUCUGAAUAUUUAACAAACACCGAUCUAACAAUAGAUAACUUUUCUUUUUUUAAAGAUGCCAUAGGCCUUGAUGAUCCAGGAAAAGAAAUAAUACGAGAUGCUAAAGGGAAAAUGUCAGAUUCCCAGGAUAAACAAGUACAUGUAAAUUCCUUGAAAAAUACUAUACAGUCACCAAAAUACUCGAAAUUAGACAGCAGUGAGCCAACUACUUCAACAUUGACCAGUCAAAAAUUGACUAACAAAAAAUUAGCCGGUCAAAAGUUGGUUAAUCAAAAGUUGACUAGCAAAAUGUUGACUAAUCCAAAGAUAAACAUUACAAAGGCUGCAAAAUCAAAGUUUGCAAGCACCAAAGUAAGAGGCAUUAUGACAGGAUCCAAACCUAUAAGAUCAAAAGUUUCACUUAAAAGACUUAGAGGUCAUGGGAGAAUCAAACCUAAACGAAAUUUGAAUGAAAUGGAUAAACUUCCACCUAAAAGGCGUUCCAGGAAGAGUAACAUUACGGUUCCAAUGAAUGAGGAACCAUUGAAGCCCGAGAAAACUGAGGAGGAAAAAAUGGAAGUUGUAACGUCUCCCAAAGUUACUCAAAAGAAUACUAGAAGUUCGAGUUUUGAAGGAGAAGAUGAGCACAGUGAAGAAAUUAGCUUAGCCGAUCCUAAUAAACCAUAUCAACCGUGUUCAAUUCGUUGUAAAGGUGUACAUGGUAUAAUACCUACGUUGCAGUGCCAGAUAUGCUUAUGCCUUUAUCAUCAUGAAUGUGUGGGCUACGCUCCACAUCUUUCAUUACCAUAUAUUUGCAAGAACUGUCACCUGGAGGGCCAAGAACAAACAUCAGAGUCAUCUGCUACAGUUUUAAGCGUCUUACCUCCUCUAACACCAAUUAAUAGCCUAAAAUCCUCUGGAAGUCAGGCUAUAUCUUUACCCCCGCCCAAACUUCAAAAAAUACCCAAACUUAAUGAACCGAUAACACAUUUAACACAACCUCCAAAAUCUAGAUCUUGUAACGAAUUAAAAAAUAAUGAUGAAGAAUCAUUUUUGGUAGGUUCUCUAACGACUUGGUUGCCCCAUAAUUCAAAAAUAAUUGAUAAUACUCAUCAGGUUAACGAAACGUCGAACGAUGUGGGUACACCCCGACCACAGUAUGUUGAAUAUUUAGCCGGUAGAAAAUUUCUUGUGAUACCCAAACAAAAUUUUAUUUCUGUAUCUCCUAGAUUAGCUGCAGCAGCAGUAACUAGUGUGGAAGAAAAUCCCAUUAAUUUAGAUUCUGCUAGUUUAGGUUCGAAUCAGCUAUUUGAGAUCAAAAAUGAACCAGAUUCUCCGUCUAAGCCUGAAAAUUCGCAAACCGCCGUAGCUAUGGAAAUUGACAAUUUUGUUGAAGAAAGCGGAAUUGCUGAAUCCGCACUUGGAGACGGUAGAAGUGGAAUAUUGCUGGAUAUUAAGGCAGAAAAUACUCGACAAAAAAUAACAUCUCCUAUUAAUCCGGAGGUUAGGACUCCAACGAAAAAACGCACUAUCAAACUAAGCAGCAUUACAAAUGGGGAGGAAAAAGAUAAAGAAGAUAAUAGAUUUAUGGAGAAUUAUCUCCAAAAUCUGUCAUAUGGUUAUAAUACGCUGUUAUACGUUUUUCAGUAUUUAAAAGUUUCAGAUUUAUUGAGAGCUGGGUGUGUAUGUACGAUGUGGCGAGAUAUCGCACGUCAUCCAGCGCUUUGGAAAACUGUCAGAAUGAAAAAUUCGCAGGUUUAUAGAUUUGAGGAUUUUGCUAAUUCUUUGAAAAAACAUGGUACCAUUCAUUUGGAUUUGAGAAAGAUGCUUCUACCCACUGGAGGUGACGAAAUCUGGCCGGAAUUUUCAAAAGCUAUAGAAAAAGUAGAUACUUUGAGACGGAUAGAAUUAUGCAGAUGUCCUGCUUCUGUCGUUGAAAACCUUGCCCGAUCAAAUCCACGUUUAGAAGUCUUGAAUGCAAUCACUAUUCGAUGCGAAAGCAUGAAUCUCGAACCUUUGAAAUCUCUAACAGAAAUUAAAGAAUUAAGGUUAAAGUCUACUGCCGGACUCACUUUAACUUCAAAUAUAGACUCUCUUAGAGACAUGAAAUGUUUGAAACACCUUUCACUUACAUCAAUAAGAGAUUUGGACUCGAUGAAUCUAGGUGUAAUAGCAGAGUUAACGAAUUUGGAAUCAUUAGAUUUGGGAGAAUGUACAGAUUUUCCUAAAAACUUUGGAGGAGAAAUUCUUAUAAAAUUGACUAAACUAGAAAAAUUGAGGCUCGAAAAAGGACAAGGCAAUUGCCAUACUUUUGAAAUACUGGAAGCUGUUAAACAAAUGAAACAAUUGGAUCAGUUAGAGUUGGUUAAUUUUGACAUUAAGUCUGGUUUCGAUAAAGCAUUAGGUGCAUGUCAAAAUAUAAAGAAAUUAUUAAUUAUUCCUACAUAUAUAUCUCAAAGCGCCACUACUAAUCACAUGGUAUUAGGUGGAGUACUUCGAUUGCAAAAGACGUUAUCACAUUUUGUCUGGGGAGUAACCCUCGAGCUUUUACGGGUCACAGAACUAUUUGUCGACCAAUGUGAAGAGCCCAAGGAGAAAAAAGAGAAAAAACAAGCCGGUAGUGGCGAUUGUAUACCUGUUUUAAAACCAGUACCAUUGUUGUUAGAUAAAGAUAACGAAAUAGCUCCCGCACUAGAACCACCUCAAGUGGAAAUUUUGGCUUUGCCAAGUUUGCAAAAACUGUUGAUGCAAAAUUUACCCACGACUAGAGUGAAAAUUUUGAAAAUACCUUUCCACGCGACAUGGAGACAAAGUAUUACCGAUUCCGUAAACUGAACACUAAUGUAGUAGAAAAAAGUGAAUGUGAAUUAGUUUUUUUAUAAUUAUGAAGUUAAUUUGAAAAAUAUUAUGUAUGAACUGUUUUAGUGCAGUACACAGCAAACAUUUUCUUUUUAAUUUACUUUAUUAUGUAGCCACAAGGUUGGAUUCAUUUUAAACACCCAAUUUAUUUCAAAUAUAACUAUUAUACAAAUAGGGUAGCAUGUGAAUUUUAAAUAUAUAAGUAGAAAGUUGUAAAAUGUCGUUUUAUGUCUUUGAUAACAUCAUUAAAUAACGUAAGUAAA